GGGAGGCGAGCGAAGUCCAGCUUGUCGCCCUCGCUGCCGCUGCGUCGGGUCGCGGGCGAGGCGGAGAGGCGCGCGAGGAGGGGGGCCGCCAGCUGCCGCCCCCUUUCCUCCGCCUCCCCUCCGGGGUCCUUGCCAUGAACGUGGACGUGGAGUUUCAUAUUCGCCACAACUACCCCUGGGCCCGCCUCCCCGCCAGUGUUAAACAGGGUCUUGGAAACUCACAGAGAGAAUAUGAAAAGCAGGUUGUACUCUAUAGUAUCCGCAAUCAGCUACGGUACCGAAAUAACUUAGUUAAGCAUGUCAAGAAAGACGAACGCAGGUACUACGAAGAACUGUUAAGAUACAGUAGAGAUCAUCUCAUGUUAUACCCCUACCACUUGUCUGAUAUCAUGGUGAAAGGCCUGAGGAUAACACCCUUUUCAUACUACACAGGAAUAAUGGAGGAUAUAAUGAACAGUGAAAAGAGCUAUGAUUCUUUGCCCAAUUUCACUGCUGCAGACUGCCUAAGGCUUCUUGGCAUAGGAAGAAACCAGUACAUUGAUCUAAUGAACCAGUGUCGAUCAUCAAAAAAAUUUUUCAGAAGGAAGUCUGCUCGUGAUCUGCUACCCAUGAAGCCAGUGGAAAUUGCCAUAGAGGCUUGGUGGGUGGUACAAGCUGGCUACAUAACCGAGGAUGACAUAAAGAUUUGCACUACCUCUGAAAAAUCUGCUAUUGAUAAAAUCAUUGAUUCAGGCCCUCAGCUUGCUGGAUCAGUAGAGUACAAUAUAGUUCACAGCUUAUAUAAUAAAGGUUUUAUUUACCUUGAUGUACCCAUAUCAGAUGACAGUUGUAUAGCAGUGCCCCCACUUGAAGGCUUCGUUAUGAACAGGGUGCAGGGCGAUUACUUCGAAACCCUGCUGUACAAGAUAUUCGUUUCAAUAGAUGAACAUACAAAUGUAGCAGAGCUUGCAAAUGUCUUGGAGAUUGACCUGUCAUUGGUAAAGAAUGCUGUUUCCAUGUACUGUCGGUUAGGGUUUGCCCAUAAAAAGGGCCAAGUGAUAAAUCUGGAUAAUCUUCAUUCAUCAUGGCGGAAUGUUCCAUCUAUAAACAGGCUGAAAAAUACUUUGGAUCCACAGAAGAUGCUGUUGUCGUGGGACAGUGUGGAAAGCAGGAGUCCUGUGCAGGAGGCUGGCUCAUCUGCUACAGAUACGGACACAAACAGUCAAGAUGAUCAAGGUGAUACGGCUAGUGUGAGCAGCUUAAGUCUGUCAAGUGGGCACACGAAGCGCAUAGCCUUCCUGUUUGAUUCGACUCUCACUGCCUUUCUAAUGAUGGGGAAUCUUUCACCAAAUUUGAAAAGCCAUGCAGUCACCAUGUUUGAAGUUGGAAAAUUGUCAGAUGAGUCACUGGACAGUUUUCUUGUAGAACUUGAAAAGGUUCAGAGCACAGGAGAGGGUGAAGCCCAGAGAUACUUUGAUCAUGCACUUACUCUGCGAAACACUAUACUCUUUCUGAGACACAAUAAGGACCUGGUGGCUCAAGUUACACAGCCUGAACAACCCAGUAACGGUUUCCCCCUGGAUUUGCUGCGCUGUGAAAGCUUGCUUGGUCUGGACCCUGCAACGUGCAGUAGAGUUCUCAACAAAAAUUACACACUGCUGGUCUCCAUGGCACCUCUCACCAAUGAAAUCCGACCCGUCAGCAGCUGCACACCUCAGCAUAUUGGACCAUCCAUUCCAGAAGUUAGCUCAGUAUGGUUCAAGCUCUAUAUUUAUCACAUUACUGGACAAGGACCCCCAUCCCUUUUGCUGUCUAAAGGAACAAGACUUCGAAAACUUCCGGAUAUUUUUCAGGGUUAUGAUCGCUUGUUAAUAACGUCUUGGGGGCAUGACCCAGGUGUGGUCCCGACUUCAAACGUGCUCACCAUGUUGAAUGACGCUUUAACCCAUUCUGCUGUUCUAAUUCAGGGGCACGGCAUGCAUGGGAUGGGGGAGACUGUCCAUAUGCCAUUCCCAUUUGAUGAAGCAGAACAACAAGGAGAAUUUUCUCGUGUCAACAUGGGUGCUCAUAGAGCACUGAGGAUCUUAAGGGAAAAGGUGGAUUUGCAGCACUUCUGUGGCUACGUCACCAUGUUGAACCCUUCCAGUCAUCAUGUAAACAGAAAGCUGAGCGAUGCCUCUGACGGAAAAGGUGAGUUAGAGCUGGCACUAGGCUCAGAUGUAAACGGGAGCACAGAAUCAUUUGAGAUGGUCAUUGAAGAGCCACCUGUGGAUCCUGCAGCUAAGCAAAGUCCAGAAGUCCCCACAACAGAACUGGAAUGGAUUCCCUUGGAACUGUGCUUUGGAAUUCCGCUCUUCAGCUCUGAAUUAAACCGGAAAGUCUGCCGAAAAAUUGCUGGUCACGGACUGUGUAGCAAAGAUAGCCUGAAAAAACUGUUACAUUCCAGUAGAAAACUUUCUCUACAAGUUCUUAACUUUGUUCAUUCAUUCCAGGAAAGCAUUUCAACGAUGGAGCUCCUAUCUGAGGUCGGUUUUUCUUCUUCAAGCUUACUUUCUCCUCCUGCUGGCGCCGACACAGGGGUCCCACUUCCCGCUAAGAAUCUAAUGUUCAAGGACGGGGUCUUAUCAGAAUGGAAUGGACGGUCUCCUUCCUCUGUUCUUAUUGCUGCCGUGCCGCAAGAACACCUGAAGUAGCUUGAAGGAGUCCGCCAUGUGGCGUUCCCGUCUUGCCGCCUUAUUUCCUGGUAACUGACUGCAUUCAACUUAACAGUGCCAACCGCUAAGGAGAGAACUGCUACCACAGCAUGACCUCUGCAAAUGAUAGUGUUAUUAAAUUGUAGUGUGCACUUACCUUGGAGAAACGGCUCCAGUUUUGCCUUUCUGUUCAUUCCUGCAUGUCUUGCUGCCGCCAGAGGCGUUUCAGUUGUCAGCCUGUUUCUCUUUCUAUCUUGAGACAAUCUGUCUUUUAUAACCGAAAGCACCCUUCGUAGGCUUUCUGACCAUUGGAUUUCUACACUGUCGCAGCAAAUAAUAGUAAUUUUGUAUGUUAGUGAUGUCGACUUAUUUUUAAAAAGCUAUUUUUUUUAAUCGUAUUAACUUGCAACCGUUAAGCAGUUUUUGGCAUUAGAGAGGCACAAGUGUUAUUCAAAUAGUAUAACAAAAAUAUCUGACUCGGUGGGAGGGGUCCUAUAUGGGUGGGAGGAUACUAUUGAACCAUCGCUGACCUGUUUAAAAAGUAUGUUAUGUACUCGGCGAGACAGAAGGUUAGAAGACACUGGCAUCAAUGUGUUGAUGCUCUUUUUUAAUGGUUUUUUCCUGAAACUUAAAAGCACCUACCUAUGCCUUGUGGGGAAACACUUAGGAUCCAUUUUUUCAUUGCUUGUUGGAAUCCUGAUGUGUGGACUCGCAGCAGGAAUAAAUGUGGUACUGUCAAACACAGGAUGAUUGGUUGAUAUGCUGCAAAAAAACCCCACUGGAUGCAGUCUCCUGAAGUGCAAGCACGUUGCAACUUCUGUGGCACCCUCUGGAGAUGGCACAGAUGGUGGAUUCAACACACCUGUGACUGACAUCUUUACAGGACAGAGCAAACCCACGUCAGAGUUGUAUUGGAUCUUUUAUGCAGGAAUAGAUGGAGACUUGAAUAAACUCAUCAGAGCUGUGAGCAGGCCUAGUAUUCCAUUGGUCAGUUUAGGAUACAGUCCCUUUGGAAAAUUUCCUGUAGUGUUCUUGUAUGGCUCCAAGUUAUUUUUGGUUGAGGCCUGUGCCCGUAGCGUGGGGGCAUUAUUUUUGCCUUAGCCGUUCAUCAUGACAAAAUAUUAAUGCAGUUAAAUGAAGGUAGUAGUAUUUAACCCUUCCUAGUUUUAUCAAGGGCCUUUCCCUGGAAGGGCAAGAAAAAUGUGUGCAGUGUUUGUAUAGCGGUCAGCGAGGUACAAUAUAGCUUCUUAAGAAUUCUGUACGGUGGUUCUGCUUGUUUCAGGGUCUUCUGGGCAGCUGUAACACGUAAAAAGCACAGCUGUCGAGAGAAUGUAGAACAUUUGAUGUCAAAUCAGUGUGAUUUGAAUUAGACUUUUGGGAAGGGGGGCUUGUUUUGGAGAGGUUGGAAUAGUUGGGAUUUUUUUUUUUAAACUGCACAUUAGUUGGCUUUUGUGGUAGGAAAGCUCGGGACCAAGAACCUAGAGAUCAUCAAAGCCACAUUCACAGUAGGAAACAGUUGUAACAAAUUCCUCCUUUUUCAUAGGAUAGGAACAAGAAAUUUGUUGUCAUAAUUGAAAACUGGAAAAAUGUAUACUGUUUAUUUUUUAAUUGUUAUUUUUGGAAGUCGAUUUCCCUUCAUUCCGUUUCCCCUUUGUUUGUAGAUCAUGUAUGGAGUUCUUCUCCCCCCGCCCCCCACUUCAUCUGAAAAGUAUGAAUGACCAAGACACUGACAUGUGCAGUGAUGUACUAGCCGUCUCUGUCCUCUCCCUGCCUCUCUUGUUUCUUCCUUUCCUCCUUUUUUUGAACAGUAUGUGGCAUCAAAACACAAAGAUCCACCGGAGGGUCUGUUGCGUCCUUGCCGUUGACUUGUUAGUAGGAAGACGCACGUUUGUGUCACACAGGAGAUACAGAAGUGUAGCGUCACUGCCUCCUAAAGCAAGGAAGGUAGGGAUAGGAUAGGUCUCAAAACAGGCUACAGUUCAUCGUCGGUCACUACAAAAUAACCAGGACGAUCAUCUUAUCCAAAUAGCCUGAGCUGCUCCAGUGUCAAACAGCAGCUUGAUAUGCGGAACUCAGGGUGAAAGCUAUUCAGGGCAUGACAUUAAAGCAUUUGCUAAUAUCUGCACAUCAAGCCUCUGUUAAAGCCACAGAAGCAGAUCAGUCAACGAGUUCUUCAGUCUUCAAGUAGUUUCUUUGAAGUCUGCUGAUCCACUUCAGGAUGGUUGUGGUGCAAAGGGUCGAUCCAGGAUGUUUUGCCCCAAUGGCUAAAAUAUAAGCAAUACGGAAAUUGAUUACUCCUGCCUGAAAUUCACCUCCUGUCUGAAGAGGAACUGAUUUAUACACCACCCACCCAUCCUAUUGCUGCUGUUUAGUGGUCAGUGGAAGUCUUCAAUGGAAUGGGGCAGGGAGGCCUCACUGAAAACCACGCGCCCAACAAAGAGCAGGCAAGCUGCUUAGCUGUACAGUGUGGAUGACUGUGGAUCACUUGUUUUUGUAACCAAAGCACGGCAUGACAGCCCAUGCCAACAGUAGAACUCAGUAAAGCUUGGAUUUUUGAUGGGCUGAAAUUCCCUCCAGAUUCAUCUUGAGUUGUUUUGCUACUUGACAUGCCUCUCCUAACCUGAAGAUGCUCUCCCCUCUUACUCUUGCAGCUGGUCUUGAAGUCUCAGUAAGCUACUGGCUGCCGUGAUCUUGAAUGUUGUUGUUCAUGUGUAUAGGUGGCACAAUCCUAAAACAACAGAGCUCAGAGGCUGUACUUUUUGAUGCUGAUAUCAUCAAAGCCAGCUUAGGAGUCCUGGAAGAUGAAUUGUGUAUGGGAAUCAAUAAUGGCUAUUUUCCAUAGGAGGAUCAUUCCAAGCCACAUCCGUGCCCCGGUCUCCAGAUAUUCCCUCUAUGGUAAAAAAGGGUGCAAAGUGAAUUGCUUAGCCCUUCCAACUGAUCCUUUCUGCCAUAUCUCCUAUAUUUUAAGGUGUGAUCAUUAUUUAAAUAUACUGUGAACAAAGACACAAGCUGUAUUCUACCAAAAAAAUUUAUAAUCCGUUGAGCUUAAUUGUGGGGUUUUUUUCAGCAGCUUUUGUCAAAAAAUCAAGUUUGUGAUGUUUGUUUUAGGCCUUAACAUUUCACAAGUUGUCUGUGUGUUUCAUAAUGACAAUGUAUUUUGCUGCUCAAAUCUGAGAAUAAACAAGACAUCAUUCAGAAGUAUUUUUAACUGGACUCUCCGUGAAAGAUUUGGGAAUUCUUCCAGACGCUUUUGCUGGGAUUCCCCCCUUCUUAAAUUUAUCUUCUCCCUUCCUCCUCUUCCACUGCCAUAGGAGUUUAAAUUCCCCCCAGAGUUGGUCUCUUUUUUCCCUUUUAUAUUUCUUUCCACAAUACCAUUUCUAUGAUCACUUUUAUUUUUUUUGAAAGCUUUGAGGUCUGGGAGUCCAACAGCUCCAUGACAACCCAGUUGCUUUCUUCUCUAGUCCGACAUUGUUGAUAGUAUGCAGUGAAAUGUACAAAACCUGGUAUUUGAUUAAAUUAUUGGCACAUGUAACAUAAAUGUUUACAAAUAAAACUGUGUUGCUGGUCAGGACCUUUAGAAGAGAAUGACUUCUUAUUCAACAACGAGAUACGGAUUUGGGGAUUGGGAUUA